AUGAAACGCAACACCAACAAUUCCAAAGCCGCGGCGGAAGCCGCAAUGGGUGAUGCCAAAGAAUUCCAUUCCGAUUCCGAAUCUGAGACGGGCAAAACUGGCGCUGCGUCCAAACGACCAGGCAGCGAAGCCUCCGAUGCAUCCAGCAUCUGGGAAAGUCUUCCAAUCGCCACGUUGCAGCUCCUCGUCGACACCUAUCGCCUGGGCAGACCUACCCGCAACUCCAAAGCGGAAUACGCAGCGCAGCUGGACAGAUUCCAAAUCCCUGUCACAGCCUUCCAAGCCCUGCCACGUCCCCCUGGCAUAGCUCCUUCUUGUGAGCUGGCAACAAUCGUCGAAGACCCACAGCAGAUUCCCAUCCUUCCGCCGAAGUGGUUCGCCAACCUGCACAGUCCGGACCUGCCGAAGCAGAACAAGAAUGAGGCCUUCAAAGACUACGUCAUCCUUCUUUGCAACCUCCCGGCCGUCGACAACAUCACCGAGGUACACCUGAUUUGUUGCUUGCUGCAGAACACCUUGCCGCACAUCCAGAGCAUGGCGAACCGGCACCACAAGAGGGGAACCACCGACUUCAACCAACUCGUCAAGGUGAUCACCCGAAGACAUCCCACGCCUCAUCUGGACCGCCUCGAAACCUUCCGCUGCAUGAAACCGGAGUCCGACGAGUCCUACUUCAGUUUCGCCGAACGCAUGCGGGACCAGUACGAAGCAUUCCUCCGCUUCCCUCCGAACCUGCUCAAAAUGGGAGAGCCGUUCCUGCAGCAGAUCUUCAUGGAGCAGCUGUUCUUCAUCUCAGACGGCGGCCUGAAGGACGAACUGCAAAAGAAGUGGCUCCGGCAACCUACAAUGACCUGGGACGACAUGAUUGAGAUCGCCGAAUCGUAUCGACUCAACCACCGCGUCCGAAACUCAUCAUCGUCAGGUACCGUGAAAACAACUUCAGACACCGAUCAUCGCUACCACCUCGCCAAUGGUGCCAGCAUCACGGUCGUUACAUGCGGCACGGCAGCCACGAGUGCCGAUUACGCCCCAGAAAUUACGGCGGUUCCCGCGCGACCGACCAUUCCCACAGGGCACGGCAUCAAUUUUGUUGACGGCACCGCGGACGAAAGGGGUCAAAUCGAACGUAUUCUAACCCAGUACAAAUCUGUAGUGUAUCAAUGGUCCGGGCGCAGGGGGCUUGGCAUCAAUCAACAUGUCGCGCAAGCCACUCACCCGGAAGGGAACGGAUGCUGCGAACGAGCAAUCCGAUCCUUGAUGCAACUGCAGUCAAAGGCUACCAAGGGAAAAGAAGAUCAAUGGGAACGUCACUUACAAGAGUCAGUCAGGGCCUACAACAUCACGCCUCAUGCGACAACUAAUCGGACCCCCACCGAAGUAAUGUUUGGAUUACCCCCCCGCCUAAAUGCUGACGAUCAGUUCCAGGUACCGGACUUAACUCCAGAAAAGCAACCACAGUGGCCAACCGCAGAAAGCACGAAAGCCAGGGAAGAAGUCACCAACCAGGCAAACAAGCAGAGAAAUCGACACUUCCGGCCAGGGGAAAUGGUGGCAAUUUGCCCACGUCUCCCGACAGUGAAUACUCACGCAGCAAAUCGGCGGUUUCAUGUUCAGAAGUUGGGUCCUUAUAUGGUACUCUCUUAUCACGGCAACGGCGAGUAUCGCGUCGGCGCGGGCCCAGAUAUUAUUAGAGCCAAUGCGUGGGAAAUGAUUCCAUAUCGCGGACUCCCGCGAGAACCGGCGACUUCUUAUCGUACCCUGAGCCAAAUAACGGAACCAGAGCAAACCCCAAAAAUAGCUCUGCCGGACCAUAUUUACGCGAAAGACCCGGGUCUGCGCCCGCCUGAUAUAAUUUUCGACAGCUGGAAAGCUGCGGAAUUAGUCGGAUUUGGGUUUCAGCGUGGUGAAGGGCCUGAAAUAGGCCUAAUCAUGGCGUUGAAGAAAGUGAAAGGCAACUUGGAAAGAUUGUUUGAUAAGAAUUUGAACGAUCUUGUUCGUGGAAUCCGGAACCAUAAGGAGAACGAAGGAAAAUAUAUUGGAACAUGCCUUGAGGAAAUCAAAGAAGAGUUGCGGAGCGAUAGCAUAGCUGUGAAAGCAAAUGCGGUGGCAAAACUUACAUAUCUUCAGAUGCUGGGCUACGAUAUCAGCUGGGCGGCUUUUAAUGUGAUCGAAGUGAUGAGUUCUACUAAAUUCACUUUCAAGAGAGUUGGUUACCUGGCUGCCUCGCAGUGCUUCAGUGAAAGCACAGACGUACUGAUGUUGACGACGAAUAUGAUCCGGAAGGAUCUGAAUAGUCACAAUCAAUAUGAAUCUGGUGUUGCACUGACUGGCUUAGCUUGUUUCAUCAGCACGGACUUGGCGAGGGAUCUGGCUGGUGACAUCAUGUCUCUGUUAACAUCAACGAAGCCUUAUUUGCGCAAGAAAGGAAUCCUACUUUUGUAUCAGGUGUUCCUACAUUUUCCUGAGGCUCUGAGGCCCGCAUUUCCUCGGUUGAAGGAAAAACUAGAGGAUCCUGAUGCUGGUGUUCAGUCGGCCGCAGUAUCCGUUGUUUGUGAAUUGGCGAGGAAAAAUCCUAAAAAUUACUUGCCGCUUGCUCCAAUGUUCUUCAAGUUGAUGACCUCGUCGACAAAUAACUGGAUGUUGAUCAAAAUCAUUAAGCUGUUUGGCGCGCUGACGCCAUUGGAACCUCGUUUGGGAAAGAAGUUGAUUGAACCUUUGACUAAAAUCAUACACAGCACAACUGCCAUGUCGCUUUUGUACGAGUGCAUCAACACCGUCAUUGCGGUACUCAUAUCGAUUUCUUCUGAGUUGCCGAACAACAAUGCUUCAGUUCAGCUGUGCGUGCAAAAGCUGAGAAUUUUGAUCGAGGACUCUGACCAAAAUUUAAAGUAUUUGGGAUUGUUGGCGAUGGGAAAAAUAUUGACGACCAAUCCAAAGCCUGUUCAAGCCCACAAAGACCUCAUCAUGCAAUGUUUGGAUGAUAAGGAUGAAUCAAUUCGUCUUCGUGCGCUGGACCUUCUUUACGGCAUGGUUUCGAAAAAAAAUGUGAUGGAAAUCAUCAAAAAAUUGAUGGUUCAUAUGGAGCGAGCUGAGGGUAGUCAUUAUCGGGAUCAACUUCUGACGAAGAUCAUCUUCAUCUGUUCCCAAAAUCAUUAUCAGCAUAUUACCAACUUCGAGUGGUAUGUAUCAGUGCUGGUGGAGAUUGGGAGCAUGGAAGGAAAUAGACGUGGUGACCUGGUUUGUGACCAACUGAUAGACGUUACGGUUCGAGUUCCUGCAGUUCGAGGUUUUGCCGUAGCGCAAAUGGCGCUUCUGCUGGAAAACGCAGAAAUUCUUCUCGUCAGUUCACAGGCCUCUGGUUCCACCGCGCCGAAAAUUCUGCUAGCUGCCUCUUGGAUUUGUGGGCAAUUCCCGCAGCACCUACCCGAUCCGCGGGCUACGUUAGAAGCUAUGCUUUUUCCCAAAAUGAGUCUGCUUCCGGUGGACGUUCAGGCGUCAUAUGUUCAAAAUGUAAUGAAAGUUUUUUGCUUUCUCGUGAAUCGUGCCGAAGAUGAGAACGACGCCGAAGGAAUUCCUGAGAUAUGUCAAGCUCCUCUGGAGAGAAUGCCAGAGCUCGUUGCAAGUGGUGAUUUGGAAAUCCAAGAAAGAGCUGCCACAGCUUUGGCUUUGAUUCGCCUUGUUUCUCAAGGAAUGGGGGAAAACAUGGGAGGAUUUCUAACGUCAAUAUUCGCUAGUGAAUUGAAUCCUGUUGCCGCCAAGGCACAGCGGAAAGUUCCAGUGCCAUUAGGUCUCGAUUUAGAUGCGUGGAUAAACGAACCUGUGGAAGUUUCUUUAUCCUCCGAUGAGGAAGAGGCCGAAGAAGCCUAUUCCUCUUUGGAUAACCGCACCAAUCUGUUCUUCGGCAAUUCAAUUCAAGAUGCGGAUCGCGCAGAAAAGAAACCAGAAAUGACCGAAGACGAACGUCGAAAGGCUAGUAUUGAUCCAGGCCAUCGGGAGGCGAGAAAAAUUGAAAUAGCUAGCAAUCCACAUUACCUAAAAGAUGCCACAUCAUCAAGGCCUUCAUCGCAGAUGCUAGUUGUCGGCGAUAUUCCAGUCACUAAGCUGGACCUCAACGUUCCCCUUCAAAUUCCGGGCAUGGUUACUUCCGAUCGAUAUUUGAACGCGACAGACGCUGCAUCAAAGAAGCAGAAAAAAGAGAAGAAGAAAUCGAAGAAAUCUAAGAAGGUUACUAGUGUCAGUGAUGAAGAUAUUCUAGAGAAGAAUGAAGAAAUUGAGAGACCAGUGGUUUAUGCUGAACCCGGCGAGAUGCCAGAUGGAGUUCUACUUUCAGAUGAGGAUCGCCCAGAUCCUCGACCUGAUACCGAUCCUCACAAAGCGCUUGAUAUUGAUCUUGGUCCAAUGGUUCCGAAAGUCGAAAGUGGCGUAAAGAAAGAGAAAGAGAGUAAGGUCGUGAAAAAGAAGAAGAAAACGAAAAAGCAUUCCAAAGUAGACGGCCUGAACGAUGCUACAACGGACGAUUUGCUUGUGAUAGCCGACCCCGUCACCAACGGUUAUGCUCAGACGAAGAGUUCCUCCAAGCACAAGAAAGACAAAACGGAAAAGAGCCGACUUAGGAGUGAGCCCAAAAGGAAGAAAGAGAAGCGGAAAGAUUACGAGGAAGCCGAAGGAAUUUCAACCAGCGCUUUGGAAGGGCUGAAUGGCGAGAAUAACCACGUUGCCCUUCCGUUUCCGGAGAAAAAGCUUGUGGAAAGCAAAAACUUGUCUGCUAGUUACCAAGUGGGUGUGAUGGACGAAGACCGUGAUCGUGUUACUUUCCUCUUGAAUCUGAAUAAUAUCGGGAACUCUCACCUCCAAGCAUUCGAUUGGAAACUGGAAGAAAAUAUGAACUUAUUUCAAGUUGCAAGCUCGUCGUCGCUGUUUCCUCCGAACCUUGGGCCGAAAGAAACCCACCCCGUGCGGUUACUCUUCAAAGUGAAUUGCAUGACCCAGUCGACUGUUUUACGAGGCACUCUCUCUUAUACAGAAGUGAAUGACGAUGGGGAAACAGAAAGGGAGGAAUUGGCGUUUCGAGCCGUAUUUCCGGUUACUUCUUUUUUCGAUGACGUUUCCGGAAGUACUCCUGAUGUCGACGGAUUCACAGCAUUACUAAGCUGCGGGGACUUGGAGGCUAAAGCUGGAAUAAUGAUCGAUUGCGAGUCUUUGAACGAAGACGUCGAAAAUAGCUUCAAUAAAGUGUUGAAGCGAGUUUGUUUUGCUGGCCGAUUGCAACUCGUAGAAGCCGUGGAGAAGUCAGCGUCGCUUCUGGGAAGAACUAUGGAGGGGCACUCAGUUGCGCUUCUCAUGAAAGUUGUUGGGAAGGGCAAGCUUUCGAUUGAUGGAAAGAGCAAUGACCAGCAGCUUCUCUCGAAUGUGUUAGACGAAAUUCGUGGAUUCCUCUCUGUUAAAUCUCAAGUUGAAGGAGAUAACCAGGAAAAUAAUGACUUCAAACGGAGACUCGUUUUGCACCCUGACAAGCUAAAAGAUUUCGACGACACGAUUUCGGGUUGGCAUGACUUGAAUGUGCCUUCUGACAUCAUCUCCGGUUUGAAAGAUAUGGGAUACACAGAACCGACUGCUAUUCAGAAAGCAGUAAUCCCGAAAGCUCUGCGAAAAAUGAACAUUGUGGGAGCAGCGGAGACGGGUAGUGGAAAAACAUUGGCUUUUGGAAUCCCCAUUUUGGCCGGCAUCCUGAAGAAUCGAGCAACGUCUCAGAUUAUUCGAGUAGAGGAUGAUGAUGAUGACGACGAUGACGAAGUAGAAGACGACGAUGCAAAUUUCAUGGUGGAAGGAACGCUGGAAGUUUUAGACCCGGAAACCUAUGAACCGAUCGAAUAUCACGCUCUCACGAAGGAAUCCGAGUCGCAAAAAGCAAAGGCCAAGAAGCAAUCUUCGCGCGAAGAUCGUGAAAUUCAGGCCGUGAUUCUUUCGCCGACCAGAGAGCUCGCUCAACAAAUUUGGCAGGAAAUCAGCCUUGCAGCGAAGCACACUGAAAUUUCCACGUGUUUGAUAAUAGGGGGUCUGAGCGAAGCUAAGCAAAUCAGGAUCAUGGAGAAAAGAGGGGCGGAUAUCAUCGUCGCGACGCCGGGACGAUUGUGGAGAUUUAUUGAAGAAGGAAACUCUUUGUUCGAAGGCGUAAUUCGAUCAAAAUAUUUAGUCAUCGACGAAACUGACAGAAUGCUGGAAGAGUCGCAUUUCCGUGAACUUCAUCUUCUCCUCGACAAAAUGAAAGAGGAUGAGGUUGCUACGAAGCAUAGACAAAUGCUAGUUUUUAGUGCCACAUUGACGCGAUGGAUGUCGAAUGCCCAAGAAGGCGUAGCGAGGGAUACGAAAAGCAGCUUGACGCUGCUCAAGAAACUUCUUCGACUUCCCGAUUCGCUGUUCCAAGUUGUUGAUUUGACUAGAUCGCAGGGAACGUCUGAGAGACUGCAGGAGUCCCGGAUACUUUCCACUCGGGAAGACAAAGACGUUUACCUUUCUUAUAUCUUGGAGAAGGUUGGAGGCAGAGUGCUGGUGUUUACCAACACGAUUGCUACUUCGCAGAGACUAAAGGGAAUAUUUUCUUGGCUUGGAAUGGACCCAAAGCUUCUCCAUGGGAAGAUGACCCAAAAAAUGCGACGUGUCAAUAUUGAGGAAUUUGCUGCUUCGCCGGAAUCCGUUCUGAUCGCCUCAGAAGUCGCCGCGCGUGGGUUACACAUACCAAAUAUUGAUUUGAUCGUGCACUAUGAUGUGCCCAAAACGGCUGAGAUGUAUAUACAUCGAAGUGGUCGAACUGCCCGUGCCUUUGCAAAUGGUGGAAGUAUCUUGCUCAUCCUUCCUGAAGAGGUGGAAAAGUAUCGGAAGCUGUGCCGGAGCCUCGGGAAAGAGUCCGACUUGAAGGAUUAUCCAGUGGACGGCUCGUUUUUCCCGAGAGCUAAAGAGCGAUUGUCCCUCGCCGAAGAAAUUCAUGCCCUCGAUAGGGCUUUGCAGAAAUCCAAUCAAGACAACCGCUGGGUCUCCAAAGUGAGAAGCGAAUGUGAUCUAAUCUUGAGCGAAGAUGAGGACAUGGGGGACAGUGACGAUGAUCGUCCACGGAAAAAGAAGAAAUCCGUCAACGUAGUGAAGAAAAACUCGAGAGUACCCAAGGUGUCGAAAGCAUCACGAGCGCAGGUUGCUCGAUUUGAAAUGUUGAAGCAGAAACUGCGUGGUUUGAUCGCCAAAACGACGUUUUCGAAGAACCGGGGAAGUAAACCACGCGUUGCUUGA